UGUUUGUUUUGCGCUGGUGACAGCCACCACCACCACCACGAAACGUCAUUAGUGAAAAGGACGUAUACGUUUGUCGUUAAUCAUCAUUGUGCAAUUUGUGGAAAACUCAAAGCAAACGGAAAAAAGCCAAAAGUAACAAUUCGCGGAGAGAAUGUCGGUGAAUACGGCGCAUCUGAACGGAGGAGUCCUGAUUCACUCUGGAGAAUGCAUCCUGGUGUUCAGCGAUAACACCACCAUGGAGUUCUCUGGGCAGGAGGGACCCAUUUUCAAGGGGACUAAGAUGGGCAGGAUAUAUCUGACCACCCACCGUAUGAUCUUCAACAGUAAGGAUAUCAAGGAGCCGAUGCAGAGUUUCAGCUUUCCAUUUGUUACAUUGAGCGAUGUGGAAUUGGAGCAGCCCAUAUUUGGGGCCAACUACAUCAAGGGCAAGGUGAGGGCCCAGCAGAAUGGAAACUGGGUGGGAGAGGCGAAAUUCAAAUUGGUUUUCAAGCACGGUGGUGCCAUCGAGUUUGGACAGGCAAUGCUGCACGCCGCUCGUUUAGCGACAGGACUCGAUGCCACUAGGAUGAUGAACGGAAGAGAGGCUCCGCCUCCGUACGUGGCGCCGGAGACGCAAUGGUAUGCGGCUCCACCCCCGGCUUACGCACCGCCUCCGCAGGGCUACUACGGCUGGGUGCCACCCACGCAGGCUUUCCCCGAUCAGCCGCCCUCCAACUCUGUCUUCAUGACGGACGCACCACCCCCUUAUCCCGGUAUCAACAUGCCGCAGAGCGGACCCGGAAACUUCCAGCAGCCGCCGCCGUACUCUCAGGGCGGAUAUCCGCAGAUGCAAGGCGGCUACCAGCCGCAGGCCGGUUACCAACCGCAACCAGGAUUCCCUCCGCAGGGCGGUUAUCAGCCGCAGCAGCAGCAGGUAGGAGGAUUCCAGCCGCAGCCAGGUUUCCAACAACCCGGCGGUUACCAGCAACACGGUCAGCAGGCGGCGGGCGCUGCUUUCGUUCCGCAACCGGGAUUCGCUCCGCAGGGUGCUUCCGGUUUCCAGGGGAGUGCGGCAGACGCAAAGGCAGCGGAGGCCGCGCAAUCCGCCUAUUACGAUCCGAACAGACCGCAGAUGGCCUUCGUGCCGCCCCCGGCCUAUUACGAGAACCCGCCGAGCUAUGAUCAGGCCACUCACAAAAAGCAACAAUAAAUCUCUAAUCCGCCCGGCGACGGACAGAAAGCAAAAACGUAAUAAUUAAUUAAUCUAAAUUAUAAGCUAAGACAC